AUGGGUAGCAGGUUCAUGACAGAUUCAACGAAGGUGUCUGGCUGGUUUUUGUUCACUAUUGCUGAGGAUGGAAUGCAGUACCUCAAGAACCUUGACGGCAUUGAGGAGGCUCUGGAAGGAUUGGACAAGGUGCCCAAAGACGAGCUUCAGGCCAACAUCGACAGCAUUGUCCAGCGGAUUAAUGCUCUAGAAAAGACAGUGACUGCAAAGAUCAGCAUCCUGCCCGCCUUUGACGCUAGGAUGUGUAUGGAGGCAAUCAAGUCUAUGUCGGAGAAACUGGCUCAGUUACGGGCGAAACUCGUCCCCAAGGCAAAGUUCUCGUUCAAGUCCAGGAAAACAGCAGGGGCCACACCAUCACCAGCUAGCACACCCAAGCCCGCCGCUUCACCAAAACCGACUGUAUCAACACCAACCAUAGAUCAAAGUCAGUUCUUAAAGUUUGAAGACCGGACAGGGGAGCACUUGUUCAUCGGAUCCCUUUCGGUGUCAGAGACAGAAUCAAGGGCAGCAAAGGACGUGGCUCUUACCAACUUGACGGAUUGCACCAUUAAUUUGGUCCAUGAUAUUCCUCUCGGUGCUAUCCAUGUCAAGAACUUGAAGCGCUGUACACUUGUCUUCCCACCUGUGUCUGGAAGUAUUUUGUUGCACGACUGUGAAGGAUGCACCUUGAUCGGUGCCUGUCACCAGUCUCGGAUGCAUACAUCGACAAACAUGAACAUCUAUAUCCACGUGACAAGCGAGCCCAUUAUUGAGGACUGCACCGACAUGCGAUUUGCGCCCUAUGGACAAAUCUUGCCCUCUGAGGAACUCGACCGUCUCUUCGAGGCUGCUCAGCUGAACCAGGGAGUGAACUUGUACGAUAAGGUAAAGGACUUUAACUGGCUGCGACAACAACAAUCGCCCAACUGGAGGCUUUUGGAGGAUAGCGAGCUCCAACCCGAGAUUGUCGCAAAGGUCUUGGCCAAAGAUCGAUCAGAGGCUGUGGCAAAGUAA